AUGAGUACAUCCUUAAUAAAUCAAAAUUUGGGAUCUUCCAAUUCAUCGAUUAAAAAAGAUAUUCUUAUUUCCAAUGGGGAUCCGUAUAAACAGAAGCCGUUAAUUGAUAAAAUCGAUCGGAGUGAAAAUGAUGUAAAAGACAGUGAAUACGUUUUUAAAUACUUUCAGAAUAUUAUCAUGAAUAAUCAAAAUGGUUCAAUGAGUUUUGGGAAGUGCUUUAAUAAAAAUACUAUCUAUGGCAACAAAACUGAGAACAAAUGCAAAGAUCGUGUUAAGCUAACCAGUCAGUCUCCGCCAUUAGAUUAUAAUUAUCUACACAUAUUCUACAACUCCUUAUAUAAUAUAUCUAAUAUGCCCAUUGAUUCCGCUAGCUCCAAUACCUGCUUUCAACGGCAUAAUAAAUUGCAACAUUUAAAGGGAAUGAACGAUUACAAUAUGUACAAUGGUAAUAUUAUGAUAAACCCUCCUAAUCCAAAUAAUUUACAUAAUAUGCAGAAUAUCUUAAUACAAGAUUAUUAUAAAUACUUGAGAUUCUAUAAACAAUUUAAUUAUGAAGAUCUCUUGACCGAUAAUAUUUUAAAGUCAAGAAAUAUAUCAAAAUCAGCAAUCGAGCCAUAUAAGAUGAUGACUAAUGGAAAUAUUAAUGUAAACAUCUUAUCUGAGUCAAAAAAAGAUAGAUGUAAACACACGAACUCGAACAAGUCAGAAACUAUGAUUAGAAAUUAUGUUAACGAUUCUAUCAAAAAUAGUUGUAUCCGUUUUAUGGAUGAACCCGAAAUUAAACCUGGAAAUUUUAAGUUGGUGACGAAAUUGAUUAAGAAAGAAAAUUCUCUAAAGGACAAAUGGUUGAAAACUUUGAUGUGGGAAGAUACUUCCUCUGUAAACGACAACUCAACUGAUUUAAAUGGGUCUCAAAUAGAUAAUAAAUCUCGUCGCCCGAGAACCGCUUUUACCAGUCAACAAUUGAUAGAACUUGAACAUCAAUUUAGGAUGAAUAAAUAUUUGUCCAGACCUAAACGUUUUGAAGUGGCUACCAUGUUACAUUUAACAGAAACUCAGGUUAAGAUAUGGUUUCAAAAUAGAAGAAUGAAAUGGAAGAGGAAUAAAAGGGCAACGAUUCAUGAAAAUUAA